GAGGAUGGCAAUUCUAAACAGAAACUGUCAUUUCUAUGAGUGACUGUAACGAUUCGUCUGUAAUGGCAUUUUAGUUUUUCGUCGCAAUUUAUGUGAUUAAAAAAGGAUAAAACUGGAUUAUUGUUGGAAAUCAUAUGCGAGUGUUCUACUGUAGAUGGUAAACAUUUAGUAAAAGAGUAUGGCGUCAUCCAAUACCCUGCAAAAGGCUAUUGACCUCGUCACAAAAGCUACGGAGGAGGACAAGAAUAAAAACUAUGAAGAAGCAUUACGUUUAUAUGAACAUGGUGUAGAGUACUUUCUCCAUGCUGUUAAAUAUGAAGCUCAGGGUGAACGGGCUAAAGAAAGUAUAAGAGCAAAAUGUCUGCAGUACUUGGACAGAGCUGAGAAACUCAAGGAAUACCUCAAAAAGGGCAGCAAGAAAAAGCCAGUCAAGGAUGGAGAGUCCAACUCCAAAAGUGAGGAUAAAAAGAGUGAUAGCGACAGUGACUCCGAUAAUCCUGAGAAGAAGAAGCUCCAAGGAAAACUUGAAGGUGCUAUUGUAGUAGAAAAACCACACGUCAAGUGGAGUGAUGUUGCUGGUUUGGAGGCAGCUAAAGAAGCUUUGAAGGAAGCUGUUAUUCUUCCUAUCAAGUUUCCUCAUCUUUUCACUGGUAAAAGAAUACCCUGGAAGGGAAUCUUACUUUUUGGACCCCCUGGUACUGGUAAAUCUUACUUGGCCAAGGCUGUGGCCACUGAGGCAAAUAACUCAACAUUUUUCUCAGUAUCAUCUUCAGAUCUUGUUUCUAAAUGGCUUGGUGAGUCUGAGAAAUUGGUAAAGAAUCUUUUCGAACUUGCUCGCCAGCACAAGCCCAGCAUCAUAUUCAUUGACGAAAUCGAUUCUCUAUGUUCAUCGCGUUCCGACAACGAGUCCGAGUCUGCACGACGAAUUAAAACCGAAUUUCUUGUACAGAUGCAGGGUGUAGGCAAUGAUAUGGAUGGUAUUUUAGUUCUGGGCGCCACAAAUAUCCCGUGGGUACUCGACUCCGCCAUCCGAAGACGAUUCGAGAAACGUAUUUACAUUGCUCUCCCAGAAGAGCAUGCGCGCUUGGACAUGUUCAAAUUGCACAUGGGAAACACAAGACACCAACUUACAGAGCAAGAUUUGAAGGUGCUGGCUGCUAAAACUGAAGGCUAUUCAGGUGCUGACAUAUGUAUCGUUACACGCGAUGCAUUGAUGCAGCCUGUACGUAAGGUACAAUCAGCUACACAUUUCAAGAAAGUGUCUGGUCCCAGCCCUCUUGACCCCAAUGUGACUGUCAAUGAUCUUUUAACUCCAUGUUCUCCUGGUGACCCUGGUGCCAUGGAAAUGACCUGGAUGGACGUCCCUGGCGACAAAUUGAACGAACCCCCAGUAACAAUGUCGGACAUGCUUCGAUCUCUAGCAAUAUCUAAACCUACCGUAAAUGACGAAGAUAUGGUCAGACUCAGGAAGUUCAUGGAAGAUUUUGGUCAGGAAGGAUAGAUUUGAUGCAUUUUACUUAUUUAAUGAUUAUAAGAUUUUAUUGGCUGGAGUUUAAUCACAGUGCCUAAUGUGUUGCAAAAUGUAGCCUUUUUAUUUUUAUAAAAUUUUCAAUUUAGAUUAGUCACAUAAUUUUUAUUGUAUGACUGUUAUACAUUUCACAAAUGUUAGUAGUUAAAUUAAUAACUGUUUCACAUCUUUGCUUGCAUUCUUGUUUCAGAGUGAUUACAAGUCUUUUUAAAUGUGGUGUGUUACAGAUUUAAUAAACUACGCCUGCUAUAUUUCAGCUAGUGUUAAAUAUUGGAAUAAUUAUGCCUUUACAGUACUCCAUGCAAUAAAUUAGAAUAAAUCUAUACAUACUAAUAUUAUAAAGCUGAAGAAUUGAAUUGUUUGGAUCGCGCUAAACUCAAGAACUAUUGGACCGAUUUUAGAAAUUCUUUCAGUGUUAGAUAGUCCAUUUAUCGAGGUAGGCUACUUUUUAUACGGAGUAGUUCCCACGGGACGCGGGUGAAACCGCAAGUGGAAUCUAGUUAGUAAACACGGUCCAUUAAAGAAAUCGGAUAUGUAAAUGAAUUGGGUUACCUACGUUCAGGGACGGUUGACACAGGGGCUUGUUGAAACAAUCGUUUACACUUUCUUGUAUUUUCACGCCUACCCACAUUUGUAUGGCUUUGUUAAUGUCCAACAGUAGUAAACACAUAUUUCGAUUUAAUGAAUUACGUUAAGUAUGUUUAGCUAGAUAAAACUAUUGCUUUCAAGAUAGCUUAUAUUAACAGAGUAUAUUUAAAUAAAUUAUUGAAUUAAAUGUUUUGUGAUUGAUGCAAUAUUUUCCCCAAUAACGAAUUUCUCGGGAUAUACAUACAUACAUUUUAAAGAUUUUACUCAGUAUAGUACUGUGGCAGUAUUCUGGAUUGUUCGUUUCAAUUAACUAAAAAGCGUCAUUAUUUCUAUUUAGAUAACAGAUCAAAAUAAAUAAGUAGAGCAUCUAUUCGAUGUGUAAUAAUUGAAAAGUAAUGUAUUUCAUCUUUGUGAUAUUGACUCGAUUUUGUAAUUUUCAUUUUUUUUAUAUUCUGUACAUAGAAUAACAUCUUCCACAGAUAAUAAAAUAUGCUGUUAGUUAUAUUGUAAACAAAUGGUUAAAAUAUGUUUGCACUGUAGUUAUUAUUAUUUUGCAUACUAUUGUCUUAUACUUUUAAUUUCGAUUUUAGUGUAAACGUUUUGUUCGAUCUUUCUUUUGUAUAUUGUUAAAAAUAAGUGAUUACAUAUUAUAAUGUUCUAAAAUA